AUGUAUUCCAAGCCCACACCUUACUUUCACACAGCUGGCUUACUAACGGGACACACCUAAAGGUCGGGCGUCGUCACUGUAGUAUAACCAAAGUCGAGCUGGUCAUAAAAUCGUCUGAUUCAAGAUGGCGGAGGGCUGCUGUGGAAAGUGCUCCAAGUUUAUGCUGUUCGUCUUCAAUCUGAUAUUUUGGCUCGCAGGAAUCGGUCUGUUGGCGUUUGGGAUCUGGCUGCGACUGGACAAUGACAUCGCGAAGAUCGUCUCGCUGGACCUGCCCUGGUUCUACAACGCCACGUACGUGAUGAUGGGGGUGGGGGGCUUCACCAUGAUCAUGGGCUUCCUGGGCUGCUGCGGCGCUAUGAAGGAAAACAAGUGCAUGCUGACAAUGUACACCAUUUGCCUUGGUCUUGUUUUCAUCGCUGAAAUCGCAGGUGGUGUUGUAGCAUUCGUCUACAGGAAUAAUUUGAAUACGUGGGUGGACGAGGCUUUCUCAGGGGUUCUUGACGGCCAACAAAUUGAGUCUCUGUCGCAGGACACGAGGGAGGCCAUCAUCACCCUCCAAACACAGGUAAGGACAACCUCACAAUGCCGCAGCUACUGA